CAGGAGAAAUGUUAGAUAAACAACGUAGGGUCCUAAAUAUCAUAACAGUCAACAUGGCGGCGUCUUUCAGGAGGACUAUCCUGAAGCUCAUGCUGUUGCAGGAGUCUUCGCGUUCAUUUAGGUUUUCAGUGAAAGACACAAGCCAGUGCCGCUCCCUGUGGUCAGUCCACAAGCACGGUAUACAAGUUCAACAGUCACCGAAUAAACAGUUCACAGUACGAUGGCUGUCAGUUUAUACAGAAGACACACCAAACCCCAGGAGUUUAAAGUUCCUUCCCGGGAAACCUGUGCUGGGAACGGGAACGCUAGACUUUCCUAAUUCAAAUUCUGCAGAUUGUUCUUCUUUAGCUAGGAAUCUUUUUCAGGUUGAAGGAGUAAAAAGUGUGUUUUUUGGCCCUGAUUUCAUCACACUUACAAAGACAAAUGAUGUCGAGUGGGCAGACAUUAAACAGCAUGCAAUUGAGAUCAUCAUAAAGUUCUUUGAAAGUGGAGAACCUGUAACAACAGGAGUGACACAUCCAGAGAGCAAUGCGUCAGAGGAGGAGGAUGAGAUUGUCUCAAUGAUUAAAGAGCUUUUAGACACUCGAAUCAGGCCUACUGUACAGGAGGAUGGUGGAGAUGUCAUCUUUAAGGGCUUUGAGGAUGGCACAGUGAAGCUGAAGCUGGUUGGCUCUUGCACAGGCUGUCCCAGUUCCAGUGUUACCCUGAAAAGCGGCAUACAGAACAUGCUGCAGUUCUACAUUCCAGAGGUGGAUGAUGUUGAACAGGUGGAGGAUGAAGUGGAUGAAGUCAACAUGAAGGUGUUUUUAGACCUGGAGAGAAAAUUAAAAGACUCAUAGCUAUGAGUCCCAAGCUGUUUUGAUGACCUGAAGAUUUUCAUCAUGUCCAUAGCGACCAGCUCCAUUAUACACAGUUGUAAUAGUAUUCUGGCCUCUAAUAAAUAAUUAAUCGUACAUUAUCCUGGUCAAGAUAUCAGUGGAGCUGGAGACGACCCCAGGGACACCAGGCGUGGGGGGGAAAUGCAUCCUGAAUGUGACGCCAGUUCGUCACACUGCAUCAUAUGAACACAUACGCACACAUUUGCACGUAUUCACACUCCUUCACACUUUUUGUGUACAUUAUAGUGAACGAAAUAGCAGGUAUCUAAUUUUUACCCUACAGUUAAACUAAAAAACAAAAUGUAAAUAAUAAUAAAAAAUAUGAAUAUGCAUUAUUUACAAAUAAUAAAAGUCAAAGACAAAAAGUUUUUCAUUUUUUAACAAAGCUUUGCUAUAAGUUCUCAAACUUUAAUUCAGCAUACUCAUGGUUUUACCCAACACUGUAUAUAAUUCAAGAUAGGAUUUAAAUACAGGACUAAAUACUUUAGAGUUAAAUAGUAUUGUAACUCCAUUAAAAUCACAAGGCAAAUAUAAUUCAGGUGUAGCUUGAAAUGUGUAGCAAACUAUUCACAAUCAAAAGCCUGUCUAUUAUGCUUUAGUGUAGGUGGUAUUGUAAAUAUCACCUUGAAACUGUAAAUUGUAGAUCCUGAAAGCCAGCAACUGUCUGUAUUGAGCUUUGCAUGCUCUCCCCAUUAUGGUGCCUUGCGAUCCAGUGUGUAUUUCUACCUCGCAUUCAGUGUUCAGGUUUUGUAUUUGCCAUGACGCUGAUCUGAAUAAAGCUGUUAUUAAAGAUA